GAUCAUUAACAAAACUUUUGUGCAAUUAACCACAACCCAAAGCAGGGUUCUUGCACCGUUAGAAUACAAGCUUUAGCAAAUAGAAGGCCGAAGGAUAUCUUUUACUGUGUUCAAGUGUGAAUAAAAUUGUGAAAAAAAUGAAAAUUGAAAUCGCAUUACUUCUCAUCGCCUGCACCGCGUCUGCUGUGUUUGCCGCGCCACAAGCGCAGGGUGAACCAAUAGCCAUUAUUAGUCAGGAGUCGAAUAUUGAACCGGAUGGUUCAUAUAAUUAUAACUAUGAAACCGCUAAUGGCAUUAAAGGCGAGGAGACUGGUACGCUUAAGAAGGCCACCUCACCAGAUACCAGCGAUGUGAUUAUUGCGCGCGGCUCUGUCAGUUACACCUCACCCGAAGGUAAUCUAAUUACGCUCAACUAUGCUGCAGAUGAUGAGAAUGGCUUCCAGCCACAAGGCGAACAUCUGCCCACACCACCACCAAUCCCACCAGCAAUCCAAAAGGCACUCGACUAUUUGCUCAGCUUGCCCCCAGCGAAACGUCGUUAAGCUUUUAAUAGCUUAAACACUUAAUGGUGGAUGAAUGCGAAGAAAGACAAGUUCAUUUUUUUCGCGACACAUGCACAGAAGUAAUGUGACAACGCAACAAAACAAUUGUAUAAAUAUAUUUUUCUAAACUCUUUAAGAGUUUAAUUCCCUGCCAUGAGAAGCCCUCAAAGAUUGCUGUACUGUACAAUAAACCUUUUAUGUAACUAAAACAUAUGGACGAAUGUGGACACGCAUACAAAUUAUCAAA